UGGGUCAGUUCCGCUACAGGGCAUUCCCUGUAGGCUUUGUACUAUUUUAGUCUGUUUGUCUGUAACAGACCUUCCUCAUUUCUGUGAAGGGUGUGGUUUAAAGACAGUCAGGAAUUUGAAGUACCUCAGAUCUUCCUGGUACCACCGCUUGGAGCUCCAGAGCAAUAACCUUUCACCAGAGGCUUGGCUCUCCCACAGCAGGAUGUGUGUAUUAGUCACACAGUCAGAGGGUGUCGAAGGCAUGAGAGUUCCUUAAGUGAUGCAGAAACUUUUGCCACCUCGCUGUUCUUCUUGUUUAACUGCUGUUGUAGGUUUGCUGCUAAAUCAGAGGUGUUACAGAGCGUACACGUUUCAUAUUUGUGAGAGGAUUUCUUCAUAGUAGUGUAGAAGUUGUGGAAGGAGGACAACAUAAGAGAGCGAAGGCCUGAGUGCUGAGGUUUUUCAGAUUUUGAAGCCUGUCCAUGAUGGUACAUCCUGCAAAACGUCAGCAAUAAUUACUCCUUUCCGAAAGUUGAUUUUGUGUGCUGAAAACCGCAAGGAAAUGGAAGAUUGGAUCGCUGCAAUGAAAACGAUCCAAAACAGGGAUCACUUUGAGUCAACCCAAUACAGCAUGGACCAUUUCUCAGGAAUGCACAACUGGUACGCUUGCUCACAUGCACGACCCACAUAUUGCAAUGUCUGUCGAGAAGCCCUGUCUGGUGUAACAUCUCAUGGAUUGUCCUGUGAAGUAUGUAAAUUCAAAGCUCACAAACGCUGUGCUGUACGAGCCACCAACAACUGCAAGUGGACAACGCUGGCCUCAAUUGCCAAAGAUAUAAUUGAAGAUGAAGACGGGGUCUCAAUGCCACACCAGUGGUUGGAAGGUAACUUGCCUGUCAGUGCGAAAUGUACUGUCUGUGAUAAGACAUGUGGCAGUGUUUUGCGCUUGCAGGAUUGGCGCUGCCUGUGGUGUAAGGCAAUGGUGCACACAGCUUGUAAAGACAUGCUUUCCAUAAAAUGUCCUCUGGGGCAAUGUAAAGUUUCCGUUAUUCCUCCUACUGCACUCAACAGUAUAGACUCUGAUGGAUUUUGGAAAGCAACAUGCCCACCAUCCUGUACGAGUCCACUUCUGGUCUUUGUGAAUUCGAAGAGUGGAGAUAAUCAAGGGGUGAAGUUCUUGAGGAGAUUCAAGCAGUUACUGAACCCGGCUCAGGUGUUUGACUUGAUGAAUGGAGGCCCACAUCUUGGAUUGCGAUUAUUCCAGAAGUUUGACACAUUUCGCAUCCUUGUGUGUGGCGGAGAUGGAAGCGUUGGGUGGGUGCUGUCUGAAAUCGAUAGCCUCAAUCUCCACAAACAGUGCCAGAUGGGAGUACUGCCUUUGGGCACAGGGAAUGACUUGGCUCGAGUGCUGGGAUGGGGAUCAGCCUGUGAUGAUGACACACAGCUCCCUCAAAUCCUGGAAAAACUGGAACGAGCAAGUACAAAGAUGCUGGAUAGAUGGGGUAUUAUGGUUUAUGAAACUAAAGUUCCUCGACAUUCUUCCUCUUCGUUAGGGGUAGAGGAUUUCAGUGAUGAUUUAGAGGUACAACAGAUUUCAUCUUAUGAGGAUUCAGUUGCUGCACAUUUGUCUAAAAUCCUGACAUCAGAUCAACAUUCAGUGGUAAUUUCAUCAGCAAAAGUGCUUUGUGAAACAGUAAAAGAUUUUGUGGCCCGGGUUGGGAAGGCUUAUGAAAGGACUGCAGAAAACUGGGAAGAAUCUGAGACUAUGGCAAGAAAGUGCUCUGUCUUAAAAGAAAAAUUGGACUCACUGCUCAAAACACUCAAUGAUGAAUCUCAAGCAUCAUCCUCUUUGCCAAACCCACCGCCAACAAUUGCAGAAGAGCAGGAAGACGGUGAGGCAGCCAAUAUCAUGUGUGGCCUUGCAGAAGAAAGAUCAGCCUGUUCACCCAGACCACAGAUAUUUCGUCCCAGGGAGCAGCUAAUGUUGCGGGCAAAUAGUUUGAAGAAGGCAAUACGACAGAUCAUAGAGCAUGCAGAGAAAGCUGUUGAUGAACAGAAUGCACAGACACAUGACCAAGAAGGUUAUACUUUUGGUGGUUGCUCUGAAGAAGAAGGAAGAGACACCCAGAAUGAAGAUAAGGUCUCCCUGCACUCGACAUAUAGCAUCAACAUUAAAGGAAAAGUCAACCGGAAAGUGCCAAAGUCUCCCUGCGAGAGGAGAAUCAGUAAAGGAAGCCUGUCCAUCGGGAGUUCCUCCUCACUUCCUACUCCAACAGGAAAUAGAGACAACUUACCAAUGCUCAACUCCAAGAUUCUCUACCCAAGUUUACGAGCUGGAUUGGCUGCUUCUUUGGCUGGAGGAUCUGUCAUCAGCAAAAUGUUACUUGUCCAUGCUGACCCUGUGAUCUCCGAACCUGAUGUUCUAAAUGGGUACACAGAAAAAUGUGUCAUGAAUAAUUAUUUUGGAAUUGGAUUGGAUGCAAAAAUAUCGCUGGACUUCAACAACAAACGGGACGAACAUCCAGAAAAAUGCAGGAGCCGAACAAAAAAUAUGAUGUGGUAUGGGGUUCUUGGAACCAAGGAGCUACUACACAGAACGUAUAAAAAUUUGGAGCAGAAAGUACUUCUCGAGUGUGAUGGACAGCGCAUUCCCCUACCUAGCUUGCAGGGUAUUGCUGUACUAAAUAUCCCCAGCUAUGCUGGUGGUACCAACUUUUGGGGUGGAACCAAGGAAGAUGAUAUCUUCACAGCUCCUUCUUUUGAUGACAAGAUCUUGGAGGUGGUGGCUGUGUUUGGCAGUAUGCAAAUGGCAGUUUCACGAGUCAUCAAUCUGCAACAUCAUCGAAUUGCUCAAUGUCGUUCAGUAAAGAUUACAAUUCUUGGCGAUGAAGGAGUCCCAGUACAAGUGGAUGGGGAAGCUUGGAUUCAACCCCCUGGCUACAUAAAAAUCAUUCACAAAAACCGUGCACAGAUGUUGACCAGAGAUCGGGCUUUUGAGAACACCCUCAAAUCUUGGGAAGAUAAACAAAAGUGUGAACUACCUCGUCCGUCAUCCCAGAUUGCCUUGCAGCCUGAGAUAGUUUCAGAAGAGGAAGCUGCUGAGAUCAAUCAGUUUGGCCGAGCGGCUGGAACGCUCAUCCAUCGGAUUCGGGAGACCGCACAGCUUCAUCAUACAAUGGAACAAGAGCUUGCACAUGCAGUAAAUGCCAGUGCCAAAUCAAUGGAUAAAGUUUAUGCAAAGUCAAAAACAACCGAGGGCUUGAGUUGCAGUCUGGUGAUGGAAAUGGUCAACAAUGGGAAAGCCCUGCAUAAUGAGACAGAGCUUCUACUAGCAGGCAAAAUGUCACUGCAGUUAGAUCCCCCUCAGAAAGAUGAGCUCACUGGGGCUCUGGCUAAUGUGGACCUUCAGCUUCGCAAGCUGGCAGAAAUUCCCUGGUUGUGUCAACUUAUCGAACCAAGCGAUGACGAGGGGCAAUUGUUGGAAUAUUCCAAACGGACUCGUAGUGCCAAGUUCCGUCUUGUGUCAAAGUUAAAAAAAGAGAAAAAUAACAAAAAUAAGGAAACCAGAGGGAAUUUGGGUUUGCCAGUGCAUCAGUGGGGUACUGAGGAGGUGGCGGCCUGGUUAGAGCAUCUUAGCCUGUUCGAAUACAGGGACAUCUUCAUCGGACAUGACAUCCGUGGUUCAGAGCUCUUGCAUCUGGAGAGGCGAGAUCUGAAGGACUUGGGGAUAACAAGAGUGGGCCACAUGAAGCGGAUUCUACAUGGGAUCAAGGAGUUGAGCCGGAAUACACCUGUCAGCGAAGUGUGAUGUACGUGUUCAGCUCAUGUGUCUACAGAGCUACCUAAGCCUCCAGCCCACUGAAUAGAGGAUGAGAACACCUAGCCUUUAGCUGUAUGUGUUUGCCUCACCUUCAGCUCAUCAGAACGUGUGGUGUUGGAGCAUCUAACAAACAGCAAUGUUAUAACUGGCCUUGUACUCAAUCUUACGGCCAAAAGAAAAUGGGAACAAGCCUUAACUAAUCAAAAUAAUGCUGGAUUCAAGGAAAAAUCUGUCAAAUCAGAAUGGAAGUUACCUCAAACAUGGCAUCCAGGGCAACCAGUUUGUUUGGAUUGUUACUCUGAAAGUUAGCUCAGAGUAAAUGGAGUGUAAUUGGUCUAAAUUUAGCCAUGGUCCCAACGAAGAGGGAUCUUGUUUUUUCGACAAAGGAAUAUUCUACACAACCGUGACCUAAUUUCUAAAUUUCAUUUAUGAAAGGGACAAAACAUUUCUUUCUUAGAAAAAAAGAAUAUAUAUGGCCUAAUGAAACUGUUACCCUGAUCGACAGAAAUUAACAUUUAAUGUUGUGAUCUUUGAGAGUGUUUCGGAUGUUUGUGGACUCCUACAUCUUUCUCUCAACCCAGAAUCUGUACAGAGUCCUUUUACAGAACAGAACUUGAAGAAGAUAUUACAGUGUCUUCCUGUACUGGUUGCCUUCAAAGCUCCUGCCAUUACUGCAUUGUUUUCUGUUGCCUAAACAAAGUAAGACAUUGGUAAACUUCAGAGUAUAGGGAGGCAGGAGCUCAUGUCAAUGCUCAGACUCCAAAAGUGGAGCUUUCAGUGCAACACUGCCAAAAGGGGUAUUCAAACCCACUCUAACUCUUUGGAGUAAGCCUGGAUGAUAUCAUCCUGGAGUGUUAAAGAUGAAUGAGAGUUAAUUCUUGUACGUCUGGGAAGUAAAAGAAUCAGUCCUGGAUUGACUGGAAUGUGUGAGAAUAAUUUUAGAAGUGUUUGCAGUAUGUGAGACUAAUUUCAGAAGCAUUACGAAUGUAUGAGAAUGUGUCCUUAAAAAGAAUUUUAUUUUUACAACACUUCUGGUGAUCUCAGGAUGUCAAGAAACAUAUUAUAGCCCAUAAUUUUGAAGCAUGUUCCUUUUGUACUGUUGAAAAUGCUAACAGCAAUAUCCCAUGAAUAGCAAUUGAUAAUGGCCACAGACAUUUAUUAGUUGUGUCAGUUGAAGAUCAAUGUCCACUCGCACAAGGAGGAGAACUCCUCUGCACUUCAAAUAAAGUCAUGGACUGUAAUGUCCAGCUGAUAGGGAGCACUUGAUUUUGACAUCUCUUUUGAAAUAUCCCAUCUUUGAUAAUGCAGCACUCUGUUAGUACUGCUAGAGUGCAGCCAACUGAGCCACAGCUGACACCUGGAGAAUAUGGACUGUGAAGCAGAGUAAUCUUAAAUCAUGUGAAGUAUGGAGGUGAGUCCUGGAAUGUGUGAGAGUGAAUUCAGACUGGGAUAUAGGGGGGUGGGAGAAGAAAGUAGCGUCCAAAAUACAUUUGUUCUGAACUGCCUGUUCUGUGUCUGUGGCACAGUGGCACGCUUAACAAAGGCACUGCCAUGUAGCAACGAAGUACCAGGUUCAGUGCUGACCUUGGAUGUCAACUCUGCAGAGUUUGCACAUUCUCCUUGUGACCACAUGAGUUUCGUCCGGGUGCACCACUAUCCUCCUGGGUCCCAAAGACAUGCAGUUGUUAGGUUAAUUAGCUGUUGUAAAUUGCACCUUCAGUGUAGUUGAGUUAUAGAAUCUGGGGGGGAAGGGAUGAGAUUGUCAAAAGAUUUUAAAAAAUGGAAUUAUUGUGACUAAAUGGAUGGUUGAUAGUGGACAGUAAUUUCGUGGGAUGUGUCCGUGCUAUAAUACAUUUCACAAUACACAUCCUAUUGGGUUACAGCUAUUUGCCAAUUAGAAGGUUAUUGUGGUUUAGGGCAAAACAGGUUGACUGAAGUUUUGAAUCAUUAUGCAUCUCCUUCAAGAGACACUGUUUAAUCUUUCUGCUGUUCUGUACAUCCCUCAGCUUAGAAAAAUGAAGCUGCUACAGGCUGUUUUCAGGACCAAUGAGAUCGUAUACCCAAUUCAAUUAACACAAGUUAUUAUUUGAUGAUGUCCUGAUUCCUGUAUUUAGAUUCUAAUAAAGCCCAAUACCUCCAUUUUUCUAUAUCUUGUGAACUCUUACUAUUUUCCAUUCAUUCACCAUUUGCUUUCUCUCACCUUUGCCCAACUUGUGGAUUUCCUUACCCAUUCACUAUAUUUCUUUUUAACAAGGAUUUACAUAGCAACUAAUCUUGGCAAAUUAUUUAGCCCCUACAUAGUAUCAUUUUUCAAUUAAUUGAUAUCCAUUCAUUUCCAGACACUUCUUUGAAAGACCUGGCUUUAUUUAUUUCCCACUUUACAGGCACGUUGUAAACACAAGCUGAGUUCUUGAAUAGUACACACUUCAUUGAAGAAAUGGAGGCAGUGCGAUGGAGAAGACUUAGUGGAAUUAUAAUGUUGGUACACUGAUGAUACGUUAACAGGGUAAAAAAGGGUCCAAUAGUGGAGGUUUAUUUACUAUUAAAUGGAGGUAUUGGGCUGCAUUCUUCUCCUUGAUACUAUUUAAAAUAACAGAAUAGCAGUGAAAAAUGAGGCAGGUUUGGUGGAGAUGCACUAGUCUUAAAUUUCCUCUCCCAAUAGCCACCACUAGGUAUCCUUAUCCAUGCUUGCAGAUUAUGCUGAUAAGGUUAAGGACCAGGAUCACUUUGAAUUUUCUUGGAAUCCAUAGGUCAUCUUCAUUACCAUGGGAAAAGAACUGCAGGCCCAACAAGUCUGCUUAACAGCCUUGAACCUUGACCUCCCUCAAGACAAAAGGAAACCUCAUAAAGUAGCGUGUCGUCUCAUCUGUCUCCCUUAUUUACAUUGAGUGAAGGAUGUUUUGUGGGGUACCAUUGCAAUAUUUUUGGGACAGAAACUUGUAAUACAUAUCAAAUAAAACUCAGACACAGAAAAAUGAUUUGAGAUCAGAUGUGAAGAUAUAUAUCAUUACUGAAGAGAUUCAGAGAUCUGCUAUAAGAGUUAAGUGGGAAAAUGAAGAAACAUGGUACUUUAAUUGAGCAAGAGAAGUAUCAACAAUCUUGUCUUGAGACCUUAUGUUUUUGGUGCAGUGAACCCUGUGAGAUUGUUUCCUAUGUCUGUAAAAGACAGCGGGUUGCUUUAAUUUUUCAGUCAACAACAAACUUCUGACAUUUAUGGUGAACGUAUCUCCAUUUUAAGGAAGACGGGAGGGUUCUGUUGAAAACAGUGCACAAGUCUCUUUAAAGGGAAACAGUGUUUGAUGAAUGCUUGCCCUUAAAGAGAGAUUUGGCGCCUUGUUUGAAAGUAGAUCAUAGCUUUAUUCAAAAUACUUGAUUAAAGGAUGGUUGUAACAUUAUGUUUUAAGGUAUACUAGAUCUAUUUAAAGGGAGAUAGCGGUUCCCUGUUUGAAGGGUAACUGUGGCACUCUUUGAAGAUAGCUGCUCCAUGGUGUUGAUAUUUCUAAGUUACUCUAAUAAUUAUGAUAAUUAGAAUUAUCUGACUGCUUGAAUGAGAGCAGGUCUCGCUGCACCACACUUUAAAUUACCAAGUAACAGUUUCUUGUUACUAACCUCGCUCUCCCUUUGGAGAGAGCAGAAAGUAAAUUGGGUUUUUUUUUUUGGUUCUCUUCUGCCUUGUCAUGAGAUCUGCAUAUUGUAUUUAUUCUUAAUUUAUAUAUAAAUAUGGCUGUGACUGUAUUUUUGUACAUAUUAAUUGUCAAUCGAUGUACAUAUUUCCUGUAAAUACAGUGGGAUUGAAUCCAAUCUUCUAGUAAAAUGUUUUUA